AUGACCAACGAGGAGAACCUGGUCCUUGAUUCAACGAAGGAGGGAACCUCUGAUCAUGUCCUUAGUACAAUGGGAUCUCCUUCCCCACCCUUGAACAUGAAAAGCAGAAACGAUUAUCUUUUUGACAGUAAGGUUGAAAUUCUCUCUUUGGAUGAAGAGGAUGAUGAGCAAGAAAGACAAUUUAAAAUCCACAACUCUUCCUCAGAGCACAUGGGUUUUCCUCGGGUUACCUUACCAAAGAAACUAUUGGAGAAGAUUAGAAAGCCAUGGAAGAAUACCCUUAUUAUCAGGCUUUUAGGUAAGACCAUUGGGGGACUUAAUGCCAUUGACUUGGGCAGCAAUUACUUCCUCUUUAAAUUUUUUGAAAAGUCGGAUUAUACUACUGUAUUCACGGGAGGGCCAUGGGUGAUCAUGGACCAUUACCUCACCGUAAGAAGGUGGGAACCAAAUUUCAAACCUUCGGAAGCUUUUGAAACCAUAACCGUUAUUUGGGUUCGGUUUCCUGAGCUUCCGAUAGAGUAUUAUCAGGAAACAGUCUUAUUUGCCAUAGCCAAAACUAUUGAUAAACCUCUAAAGAUUGAUUGGAAUACGACAAUGGUGACAAGGGGAAAAUUUGCAAGAAUUUGUGUUGAAAUGGAUGUUAGUCAACCUCUGAAAUCAAAGUUCAUUUUGGAAGAUCGAUACUAUAACAUAGACCCUACCAUCUUACCAGCGGCGAAGAAUAUAGCCGUUACCGAUAAUGUAAUGCCUGACAAUCAAAUGACGGAGGCUAACGGAAACCUGUAA